AUGAAAAACAACCCCGACUUAGAGAAAGACUAUAUAUUUAAUAGUUUAGUCAAAAGAGACAAACAAGAAAGAAUGCCAGGCUUCAAACUUAAGAAAGGUGACAAAGUAAAAAUAGAAAUACCUAAACGCGACCCAUAUGAAAAUACUAUUGACUAUGACAACAAUGGGAACUCGACAGGUACUCGCAUUCGUGUUCGUAAAAAUAGAAGAAAGUAUACAAGAGAAUAUUAUGAAGUUUUAGGCAAACAUGGCAAAAUGUACAGACUGCAAGCAGAAGAUAAAACGACUAUUGUCAGACCUCGUUUCAAACUUGUUAAGGUUCAAGGUGGUAUACUUUCAAAGACAGUUCCUAACAAAUAUAAGACAACUCCUGACGAAUAUGCUAAAGAAGUUGAAAAUGACGACUAA